AUGGUCUCCUCCCGGUACCUUGCCAGGGGAGCAAACUCCCUCGCCCAGUCCAUGAUUGCCAAGCGAUCCAUGGCUACUGUCCAGUCUUCUAUCGGCGACAAGAAGGUCGCCAUGUCCAACCUCGAGUCUGGCAAGUUUAUCAACUACCAAAGAAUUGAGAACAACCUGCAAAUUGUCAGGUCUCGACUCAACCGCCCCCUUACCCUCGCCGAGAAGAUUGUCUACGGACACUUGGACGACCCUCACCACCAGGAAAUCGAGCGCGGUGUCUCUUAUCUCAAGCUGCGCCCUGAUCGAGUCGCUUGUCAAGAUGCUACCGCCCAAAUGGCCAUCCUCCAGUUCAUGUCUGCCGGUCUCCCCCAGACUGCUGUCCCCACCUCUGUCCACUGUGACCACUUGAUCCAGGCCCAGAUUGGCGGCAAGCCUGAUUUGGCCCGAGCCAUCGACAUCAACCGAGAAGUCUACGACUUCCUUGCUACCGCCUGUGCCAAGUACGGUAUCGGUUUCUGGAAGCCCGGAUCUGGUAUCAUCCACCAGAUCAUCCUCGAAAACUAUGCCAUCCCCGGUCUUAUGAUGAUCGGUACCGACUCGCACACCCCCAACGCUGGUGGUCUUGGUAUGGUUGCUUGCGGUGUCGGAGGUGCCGACGCUGUCGAUGUCAUGGCCGACAUUCCUUGGGAGCUCAAGGCCCCCAAGGUCAUCGGUGUCUACCUCCACGGUAAGAUGAACGGCUGGACUACUCCCAAGGAUAUCAUCCUCAAGGUUGCCGGUAUCCUUACCGUCAAGGGUGGUACUGGUGCCAUCAUCGAGUACCACGGUCCCGGUGUCGAGUCUCUCUCGUGUACCGGUAUGGCCACUAUCUGUAACAUGGGUGCCGAAAUCGGUGCUACCACCUCCCUCUUCCCCUUCAACCACCGAAUGAGCUCUUACCUCAAGGCUACCAAGCGACCCGAGAUCGCCAAGUACGCCGAAGAGUUCAACCACAACCUUCAGCCCGACGAGAGCUGUGAAUACGACCAGCGAAUCGAGAUCAACCUUUCCGAGCUCGAGCCCUACGUCAACGGUCCCUUCACCCCCGAUCUUGCCACUCCCCUUUCCCAGUUCGCCGCCGAGGUCAAGAAGCAGUCUUGGCCCGCCGAGCUCAAGGUCGGACUUAUCGGUUCUUGCACCAACUCUUCUUACGAGGACAUGUCUCGAUCCGCCUCCAUUGCCCGGGAGGCCGCUUCCCACGGUCUCGUCGCCAAGUCCAAGUUUACCAUCACCCCCGGUUCCGAGCAGGUCCGAGCUACCAUCGCCCGUGACGGUAUGGUGCAGAACUUUGAGGACAUUGGUGGUGUCGUGCUUGCCAACGCUUGUGGACCUUGUAUCGGUCAAUGGGACCGAAAGGACGUCGCCAAGGGCGAGGCCAACUCUAUCAUCACUUCUUACAACCGUAACUUCACUGGCCGAAACGACGCCAACCCCGCUACCCACGCUUUCGUCGCUUCUCCCGACCUUGUCACCGCCAUGGUCUUUGCUGGUGACCUCACCUUCAACCCCAUGACCGACUCUCUCAAGGGUGCCGACGGUAAGGAGUUUAAGUUUAGCGAGCCCGUUGGUUUCGAGCUCCCCGCCAAGGGCUACGACGCCGGUGAGAACACCUUCCAGGCUCCUCCCGCCGACGGUUCCUCCGUCUCUGUCGCCGUCUCCCCCACUUCCGACCGACUCCAGCUCCUCAAGCCCUUCAAGGCUUGGGACGGUAAGGACAUUGUCAACGCUCCCGUCCUUAUCAAGGCCAAGGGCAAGUGCACCACCGACCACAUCUCUGCCGGUGGUCCCUGGUUGAAGUACCGAGGUCACCUCGAGAACAUCUCCCAGAACUGUUUGAUCGGUGCCAUCAACGCCGACAGCGGUGAGGCCAACACUGUCCUCAACCAGGAGACUGGCGAGUUUGGUGCCGUCCCCACCGUCGGUGCCUACUACCGAGACCGUGACAUUCCUUGGGUCGUUGUUGGUGACGAGAACUACGGAGAGGGUUCUUCCCGAGAACACGCCGCUCUUGAGCCCCGAUUCCUCGGUGGCCGAGCCGUUAUCUGCAGAUCCUUUGCCCGUAUCCACGAGACCAACUUGAAGAAGCAGGGCAUGCUCCCUCUCUGGUUCAAGGAUGCUGCCGACUACGACAAGAUCUCUGGUACCGACAAGCUUUCCAUCUUGGGUCUCAACGAGUUCAAGCCCGGACAGGACAUCAAGGUCGAGAUCACCCACAAGGACGGCUCCAAGGACUCUUUCCUUACCUUUACCUCUAUCAACGAGGGCCAAUGGGGUUGGUUCAAGGCUGGUUCUGCUCUUAACAUGAUGGCCGCCGCCGCCAAGGCCCGUGAAGCCAAGGCUUAA